AUGGCAUCUUCUAAAUAUUUGUGCUUAAUAUUAGUUCUAGCCACUUUAGCACUAACUGAUUCGAAGCUGCAACUCGGGGAGCCACAAGAAACCAGCAUCACAUACUACAUUCAAGACUACUCUUAUGGUCCUAACGCCACACUGAUCCCGAUCACCGGGGUCUCAUCCGAUGGAGACUGGGCAUUCCAUAGAUUCGGUACCAUAUUCUGCACUGAUGAUCCGAUAACUGAGGGCCUUGAUGCUAGCUCAACACCCGUGGGACGAGCUCAAGGCAUCUACGUGACCUCGGCUCUAGACGGGUCUAAUACUCAUGUUCUGAUCUCACUUGUGUUCACUAAUGAAGAGUACAAGGGCAGCACUUUGGAAAUACAAGGAGCUAGUCCGCAGUUUGAAAGAGUUCGAGAGGUGUCUGUGGUGUCUGGUACUGGGAAGUUUCGGUUUGCUAGAGGCUAUGCAACGUUUGAGACUGUUUAUCUUGAUAUGGCAGCUGCAUACUCGGUUAUUGAGUGUAAUAUCACCAUGUUACACUAUUAG